UCUCUCUCUCAUCUCAUUUGUUAGAGCGCCUUAACGAAAAACUUAUCGUUGACAGUAAGGUCGAUCACAGCAAAGCUCCCAUUUUUCUUCGUCUCUCUCUCUCUGGGUGUCGGAAUUGAAUCGAAUUCAAUCCAAUUUCGAUCCACAGAGCUUUGAUUCCGAUCCGAAUUGAGCUUCGGAUCGUGCAUUUCCGUAGAGGAAUCGGCUCCCGAUCAUCAUCGUCGUCCAUGGUGGUUAGGGCGAGCUAGCUAGCUCGGCGCCAGAGCUGCGGAGGACACGAAGAACCCGAAUUGCUCCCUCCUCCGUCGACCGGUGGCAAAUCCUGUAAAUAAGACAUCAGACUGGGGGCGAAUCAGUCGUCCCACUCGGAGGGCGGUGGGCUCUGGUUCUUUCUCCGCCCCAACAAUGCCCCCAAGUACCAAUCCCUAGCGUACCUCCCCCAGUUCGACUCCGCGCAGCCUCGCCCCGCUGCCGACCGCCGCCCCUCCAUGGAGGCCUCCACCUACUCCGCCUCCAACCCCGCCCCCAUCGAGGAGCCCGAGUACCUCUCCCGCCAUAUGGUGAUCAAGCAUUCCUGGCGCGGCAAGUACAAGCGGAUCCUCUGCAUCUCCAGCUCCGCCAUCGUCACCCUGGACCCCAACUCGCUCGCCGUCACUAACUGCUAUGACGUCGGGAGUGACUUCGAUGGGGCGUCGCCUGUUCCCAGCCGGGACGAGAACUCGAUGGAGUUCAGUUUGAGUGUGAGGACUGACGGCAAGGGGAAGUAUAAGGGGAUAAAGUUCUCGUCAAGAUACAGGGCUAGCAUACUCACGGAGUUGCACCGUAUCAGGUGGAACCGGCUUGGGCUGAUCGCAGAGUUCCCCGUAUUGCAUUUGCGGCGGAAGAACGCUGAGUGGGUUCCUUUUAAAUUAAAGGUGACCUAUGUCGGGGUUGAACUCAUCGAGUUGAAAACAGGAGAUCUCCGCUGGUGCCUGGAUUUCAGGGACAUGGAUUCCCCAGCCAUCGUUAUUCUUUCAGAUGCUUAUGGUAAGAAAAGUGGUGGCAGUGGUGGUUUUGUUCUUUGUCCGCUAUAUGGAAGAAAGUCCAAAGCUUUCCAAGCCGCUUCGGGGACCACGGAUGCAGCUAUUAUCUCAAAUUUGACUAAAACUGCUAAAUCCACAGUUGGUAUAUCACUAUCAGUGGACAGUUCUCAAUCUGUCAGCGCAGCGGAGUAUCUAAAGCAAAGAAAUAAAGAGCCACUUGGAGCUGAACAAGCCCCUUGUGGAGGGUGGUUGGUGACAAGGUUGAGGACUGCAGCACGUGGAACAUUAAAUCUUCCAGGAUGGACUUUCUCUGUCGGCCCUAGAGGUGGGAUUGGAGAGCAUGGUGACACUGUAUCACGUCAACUCAUCCUUACCAAGGUGUCUCUCAUUGAAAGGCGUCCAGAGAACUAUGAAGCUGUUAUUGUUCGGCCUUUAUCUGCAGUAAGUGCACUUGUUCGAUUUGCUGAGGAGCCCCAGAUAUUUGCUAUUGAAUUUAAUGAUGGAUGCCCAAUCCAUGUUUACUCGAGCACAUCUCGUGAUAGCUUGCUCGCAGCAAUUCGUGAUGUGUUGCAAACAGAGGGUCAGUAUCCCAUUCCUCUACUUCCAAGAAUGACGAUGCCUGGUCAUCGUAUUGAUCCACCAUGCGGAAGAGUUCAGAUAUUACUCUCUGUACCACAACCUGCUGUUUCUGAUAUGGAAACUGUAUCAAUACAUCUUAAACAAUUGGCAGCGGCCGCCAAAGAUGCAGUUGCUGAAGGUGGUUCUAUCCCUGGUUCAAGAGCAAAAUUAUGGCGUCGAAUAAGAGAGUUCAAUGCUUGUGUAGCUUAUAGUGGAGUUCCCGCAAGCACCGAAGUGCCUGAAGUUACUCUGAUGGCAUUAAUCACUAUGCUUCCAGCUGCUCCUAACCUUCCUCCCGAGUCCCCUCCUUUGCCGCCUCCUUCUCCUAAGGCAGCUGCAACUGUUAUGGGAUUCAUUGCUUGCUUGCGCCGAUUACUGGCAUCGAGGAGUGCCACAACCCAUGUUAUGGCUUUUCCUGCUGCAGUUGGGAGAAUAAUGGGUCUCCUUAGAAAUGGGUCUGAGGGUAUAGCUGCAGAAGCUGCAGGACUCGUUGCAGUCCUUAUUGGUGGAGGUCCUGGCGAUCCAAAUAUGGUUACGGAUUCUAAGGGAGAGCAGCGUGCAGCUAUAAUACGCAAUAAAUCCUAUUUGUUUGCGAACCAUGAUUAUGUCAUCAUCGUUGCUAAUAGGCUCAAGCCAAUGUCUGUAUCACCUCUACUUUCAAUGGCAGUUGUUGAGAUCUUUGAAGCCAUGAUAUGCGAUCCUCAUAGUGAGACAACUCAGUCCCCUGUCUUUGUUGAGUUGUUGCGACAAGUGGCAGGGUUAAGGCGUCGUUUGUUCACAUUGUUUGGUCAUCCUGCGGAGAGUGUAAGGGAAACUGUUGCUGUGAUUAUGAGGACAAUUGCAGAGGAAGAUGCGAUUGCUGCGGAAUCUAUGCGUGAUGCUGCUCUUCGUGAUGGUGCCUUGCUGAGGCACCUGUUACAUGCAUUUUUCCUUCCUGCUGGGGAGCGCCGCGAGGUUAGUAGACAGCUCGUGGCUCUUUGGGCAGAUUCUUAUCAACCAGCCCUAGAUUUGUUGUCCAGAGUUCUACCUCCUGGGCUUGUUGCGUAUUUGCAUACAAGAACUGGAGAUCCUUCAGAAGACAAUUAUCAAGAGGUAUCAGUCUCCAGCAGAAGACGCAGGCGUCUACUUCAGCAUCGGAAAAGUCGCAUCGAGAACAGAUUCCAUGAACAGAACCUGCCUUCAGUUACUAAUAUUGAAGGUGCUGAUAGGAUGAGGCAAACUGGCACGAGUGCUCUCACUUCUGAACAAGCUGCUCAUGCUGUUGAAAAUUUGACUGGCACUAUGACAUCUACGAGGGUGCCUCAAAAUGACCUUUCAGCAUCAACUGCUUCAGUUGAUUCUCAUUCAGCGAACAUGCCUGAGGAGUCAGAACCGAACAUUUCGAAUUCAAAUGAAUGCGAUCCUAAUGCCACUUGUAACUCUGAAACUGGUCUUCCAGCCCCGGCGCAGGUGGUUGUGGAGAGCACACCAGUGGGCUCUGGAAGGUUACUUUGUAAUUGGCCGGAAUUCUGGCGAGCCUUUAGUCUUGAUCAUAAUCGUGCUGAUUUGAUAUGGAACGAACGCACAAGACAAGAAUUAAGGGAGGCUUUGCAAGCAGAGGUUCACAAGUUAGAUGUUGAAAAAGCGCGCACCGAAGAUAUUGUACCUGGAGGUGCAACUCUUGAAGUACUUUCAGGUCAAGAAAGUGUGCCACAGAUCUCUUGGAACUACUCUGAGUUUUAUGUCCGUUAUAACAGCUUAUCUAAGGAAGUCUGUGUGGGACAAUAUUAUCUACGGCUGCUUCUUGAUAGUGGCAGCAGUGGCAGGGCCCAGGAUUUUCCUCUCCGAGACCCAGCUGCAUUCUUCAGAGCGCUAUACCACAGGUUCCUGUGCGAUGCCGAUAUUGGGCUUACAGUAGAUGGUGCUAUACCUGAUGAGUUGGGUGCAUCCGAUGAUUGGUGUGACAUGGGAAGAUUGGAUGGAUUUGGGGGAGUUGGAGGCUCUUCAGUUAGAGAACUUUGUGCAAGGGCUAUGGCAAUUGUAUAUGAGCAACAUUACAAAACAAUAGGCCCUUUUGAGGGCACCACUCACAUUACGGUUCUCCUGGAUAGGACUGAUGAUAGAGCUUUGAGGCACCGUCUACUUCUUUUGUUGAAGGCUCUCAUGAAGGUUUUAUCAAAUGUCGAGGCUUGCGUCUUGGUUGGUGGGUGUGUAUUAGCUGUAGAUCUUUUGACUGUGGUUCAUGAAGCAUCAGAGAGGACAGCUAUUCCUCUACAGUCCAAUUUGAUAGCAGCUACAGCUUUUAUGGAACCUCUCAAGGAGUGGAUGUUUAUCGACAAAGAAGGGGCACAAGUUGGACCCGUAGAAAAGGAUGCUAUAAGAAGGUUCUGGUCAAAGAAAGCUAUUGAUUGGACGACUAGAUGUUGGGCUUCUGGCAUGCUCGAUUGGAAGAGAUUACGUGAUAUUCGUGAGCUACGUUGGGCAUUAACUAUUCGAGUUCCCGUUCUGACAACCACACAGGUUGGGGAGGCAGCGGUGUCCAUUUUGCAUAGCAUGGUAUCUGCUCAUUCUGAUAUAGAUGAUGCUGGAGAGUUGGUCACUCCAACUCCUCGAGUGAAACGGAUCUUGUCAAGUCAGCGCUGUCUUCCACAUAUUGCUCAGGCUAUGCUUUCUGGUGAGCCGAGUAUCGUUGAGAGUGCAGCUGCUCUGCUGAAGGCUGUUGUGACCAGAAACCCCAAAGCCAUGAUUAAACUUUACAGCACGGGGGCAUUUUAUUUCGCCCUUGCAUAUCCUGGGUCAAAUCUUCUUUCGAUUGCACAACUAUUCUCCGUAACUCAUGUUCAUCAGGCUUUUCAUGGAGGUGAAGAAGCUGCAGUUUCGUCUUCUUUGCCACUAGCAAAAAGAAGCGUGCUUGGUGGGCUUCUUCCAGAAUCACUGUUGUAUGUAUUAGAGCGUAGUGGGCCUACUGCAUUUGCUGCCGCCAUGGUUUCUGAUUCUGAUACUCCAGAAAUUAUAUGGACCCAUAAAAUGCGAGCAGAAAAUCUUAUUCGCCAGGUUUUGCAGCACUUGGGUGAUUUUCCUCAGAAACUUUCACAGCACUGUCAUUGUUUAUAUGAAUAUGCUCCUAUGCCACCAGUGACUUAUCCAGAGCUAAGAGAUGAAAUGUGGUGUCACCGAUAUUACCUUCGCAACUUAUGUGAUGAGAUCAGGUUCCCUCAUUGGCCAAUUGUUGAACACGUGGAAUUCCUGCAAUCGUUGCUUGUUAUGUGGCGUGAAGAGUUAACGAGAAGACCCAUGGAUCUCUCUGAAGAAGAAGCUUGCAAACUACUAGAGAUCUCACCAGAAGAUAUAUCAAAUGAUGACAAGAAGCCUUUUUCUGAUGCUAGCGAGGAGAUGUCUAGCAUUUCCAAGCGAAUUGAGAACAUUGAUGAAGAGAAGCUCAAGCGUCAGUAUAGGAAACUUGCAAUGAAAUACCAUCCUGACAAAAAUCCCGAAGGAAGGGAGAAGUUCCUUGCUGUUCAGAAAGCUUAUGAGCGUCUUCAGGCCACCAUGCAAGGACUGCAAGGUCCACAGCCUUGGAGGUUGUUGCUAUUAUUGAAAGGACAGUGCAUCCUAUACAGACGUUACGGGGAUGUGCUCGAGCCGUUUAAGUAUGCUGGCUAUCCGAUGCUGCUCAAUGCUGUUACAGUUGACCAAGAUGACAACAAUUUCCUGUCCUCAGACAGAGCUCCCCUUCUUGUUGCUGCCUCAGAGCUUCUGUGGCUAACGUGUGCAUCAUCUUCACUAAAUGGUGAAGAACUCGUAAGAGAUGGUGGGAUCCAGCUCCUUGCUAACCUCCUCUCAAGAUGCAUGUGCGUGGUGCAGCCCACAACUCCAGCCAAUGAACCUGCUGCAAUCAUUGUUACAAAUGUGAUGCGGACAUUUUCCGUCUUAAGUCAGUUUGAGAGCGCCAGAGCUGAGAUGCUUGAGUUCCCUGGUUUGGUUGAGGACAUGGUUCACUCCACUGAACUCGAGCUUGUACCUGGAGCAGUUGAUGCUGCCCUUCAGACAAUUGCCCAUGUUUCUGUAUCUUCUGAGCUGCAAAAUGCAUUGUUGGGGGCCGGUGUCCUGUGGUACCUAUUGCCACUGCUGCUUCAGUAUGACUCGACUGCGGAGGAAUCUGAACCAAAUGAAUCACCUGGUGUUGGUAUUAGCGUUCAAAUUGCUAAGAAUCUGCACGCUCUUAAAGCUGCACAGGCCCUGUCCAGGCUUAGCGGUUUGUGCACUGACUCAACGCCUUACAAUCAGGAUGCAGCAGAGGCCCUCAGAGCUUUGCUUACUCCAAAACUUGCCAGUUUGUUGAAAGAUUAUAUACCUAAAGAUCUACUAUCUCGCUUGAACACAAACUUGGAGUCUCCAGAGAUUAUUUGGAACUCCUCAACUCGAGCAGAACUCUUGAAAUUUGUGGACCAACAACGAGCAGCUCAAGGUCCCGAUGGUUCAUAUGAUUUGAAGGAAUCACAUGCAUUUGCUUACAAAGCAUUGUCAAAAGAACUAUAUGUCGGCCAAGUUUACCUGAGGGUCUACAAUGAUCAGCCUGACUUCGAGAUCAGUGAACCAGAAGCUUUCUGUCUCGCUCUUAUCGACUUUAUAUCCCAUCUUGUGCGAAGUGAGUCUGCUGCAGAUUUAAAUAUUUCCAGUGAAGGUGAUAAUAGCGGCCCUACUCCUACGGAACUUGAAAUUGAAGGUGAGAGGACUGAUGGAUCAGUUGAUUCUCAGAAUGUAACUCCCGAGUCAUCAGGUGCAGAAGGACAAGUGAUAGAAAAAGAGGAACUGCUUUUGGUCAAGAACCUUCGAUUUGGAUUAACAUCUCUUCGGAACUUACUCAGGAACAACCCGAAUUUGGCAUCGAUAUUUUCAAUUAAAGAGAAGCUAUUACCAAUCUUUGAGUGCUUCUCUGUAGCUGCUGUCUCUGACACAGACAUUCCUUUGCUCUGCUUAAGUGUACUGUCUCUUCUAACAGCAUAUGCCCCUUGCUUGGAGGCUAUGGUGGCAGAUGGAUCAAGUCUCCUCCUCCUAUUGCAGAUGCUCCAUUCUGCUCCCAAAUGCCGUGAGGGAGUUCUCCAUGUUCUCUAUGCAUUGGCAAGCACUCCUGAGCUUGCUUGGGCAGCUGCAAAACAUGGUGGAGUGGUCUACAUUUUAGAGCUUCUCCUGCCUCAGCAAGAAGAGAUAGCAUUGCAGCAAAGAGCAACGGCGGCCUCCUUGUUGGGAAAGCUUCUUGGGCAGCCAAUGCAUGGUCCCCGGGUGGCAAUUACCCUGGGAAGGUUUCUUCCAGAUGGUCUCAUUUCGAUAAUCAGGGAUGGACCAGGUGAGGCUGUUGUGUCUGCCCUCGAGCAAACGACAGAGACACCAGAACUCGUGUGGACACCUGCCAUGGCAACUUCUUUAUCUGCACAGAUUUCUACCAUGGCAUCGGACCUUUAUAGAGAGCAAAUGAAGGGUCGUGUCGUUGAUUGGGAUGUCCCGGAGCAGGCAUCAGGGCAGCAGGAAAUGAGAGAUGAGCCACAGGUCGGUGGGAUCUACGUGAGGCUGUUCUUGAAAGAUCCCAAGUUCCCACUCAGAAACCCAAAGAGGUUCCUGGAAGGUCUACUGGAUCAGUACCUAUCAGCGAUUGCUGCAACACACUAUGAAACACAAGUGGACCCUGAGCUUCCCUUGCUUUUAUCGGCAGCUCUGGUUUCUCUACUGCGGGUCCACCCUGCACUAGCCGAUCAUGUGGGGUAUCUUGGUUACGUGCCCAAGCUUGUUUCUGCUGUUGCCUAUGAGGGAAGAAGAGAAGCGAUGUCAUCAACAGAAGUGAAUAAUGGCCAUUAUGCAGACAGAGGACAUGAGCCCGAGGAUGGGUCGGGACAGCCCACUCAGACUCCUCGAGAGCGGGUCCGUCUCAGCUGCUUACGUGUUUUACAUCAACUUGCAGCCAGUACUACUUGCGCCGAAGCUAUGGCAGCAACUAGCGUUGGGACGCCACAGGUUGUGCCACUUCUAAUGAAGGCAAUUGGCUGGCAGGGCGGAAGCAUAUUGGCCCUGGAGACACUAAAACGUGUUGUAGUUGCUGGAAAUCGGGCUAGGGAUGCACUGGUGGCGCAAGGACUCAAAGUUGGUCUUGUUGAGGUACUUCUAGGGCUCCUCGACUGGAGAGCUGGAGGAAGAAAUGGACUCAGUGCUCAAAUGAAGUGGAAUGAAUCGGAAGCAUCUAUAGGGAGGGUUCUCGCAAUAGAGGUUUUGCAUGCAUUUGCGACGGAAGGGGCCCAUUGUACUAAAGUUCGCGAGAUACUGGAUUCAUCUGAAGUUUGGAGCGCAUACAAAGACCAAAAGCACGACCUCUUCCUUCCCUCGAACGCUCAGUCUGCUGCGGGAGUGGCCGGUUUGAUCGAGAACUCCUCAUCCCGACUCACUUAUGCCCUCACAGCUCCACCUCCCCAGCCUGCAAAACCACCUUCCUCAUCAUCCCCUUCUUACUCGAAUGGGAAUGAAGACAUCUUCCAUCUGUAAAGAGAAGGAAAGGAGGGGGCAAAAGCCUCACCCUCCUGUAGUAUUAUAGCACACUGUACAGGUUCUGUUCCGGCUUUGGGUAAGGACUUUUGAGUUUGUUCUCCUUUUCUCCCUACACCGUACCUCGGGGAUAGAUCGGCAUGGCAUUUGCAGUUUAUCUCUUACGACUUCGAACGGGGAAAGCUAUUCUUUUUCUUCUCACUCUCACCGCUGUAAAGAAGACUCAACCUUUUUCGUGUAAAUUGAGGUUUCUGAUUUCUUGAUUGAUCAUAUAUAGCAGAGUGAAUUUUGUGUAUGUACAUUGUAUCAGUUCCUCUUUAAAUUAAAUCAUCCGUUUUGGGGGGUUAA